AUGGUAGGCCUCAGGCUGAUCUUCCAUUUGGUCUCGGCUGCAGCUUACGGGUACACGGCCUGGUACGAUGCGAAGAUUGUUCCUGCUGAAUUCUGGCCGAUCAAGGGCGUCUUCCUCUCGAAGUUUGUGUGGUUGACGGUCAUCGAUUUGUAUCUCCAGCUCUUCUAUCACCUUUGGGCACUCGUCGCUACUUUCUACCCGAGCCGUAGCUUCCAUUAUUUCGCCAAAUCGGUUGUCUCGUUAUUCUGGACGCUCUACUUCUUGGAUCCUGACUUCCUGCUCCACGAUGAGAAUGCACGACGUGUGAUCUCUAUUGCAUGGUUCAACCACGGCUUGCAUACUCUACCAACAGUGACGAUCUUGAUAGACCUGCUGCUUUGGAAUCACGGGCGUGUGGAGAAAUCAUCUGCCUUCAAGGGACUUCUUUCGUUUGCCACGCUCUACAUUAUUGACAUCCACUAUGUUCACUACACGACUGGCUUCUGGGCUUAUCCGAUCCUGGGGCAACUGUCUCUCCCGUUGAGGGCUGCUUUCAUCAUAGGAUGCGCCUCAGUGUUCUUCGUCAAAUUCGUCUUCUUGGAUGCGAUGUCGGCCACAGCCCACGCACACGAUGCUGUCGAACAAAAGAAGAAGGCCAAGAAGCAU